AAUCAGGGUAUCGAGGCAAUGUGCAUUUUUCGCACGUUGUACUGAUAAGUGAACGGCCAUGCGUGUGGGAAAGAUACCACAGUAGUCCGAAAAUCUCCUCAUCCCACGUCUGUUGUCAGACGUCGGCCAUGAGAUGGGCACAGACACUAGUGUGAAAUAUGAGCCAUGCAGCAGAAGGAAUGGUUGGUCGCUCCCUCCCCACCCACUCCAGUUCAUCUCUUGGGGAUGCGUCAGCUUCUUUGCCAUCAUCUACUUCACAACUAUAGUGCCUGGGCUGCCAGUAGAAUGGCAGCCUGCGGGGUACAUCAUCCAGGGCCUGGCCAGCCUGGCUCACAUAAUCACCCACCUGGUCGCCACUUCCAUCAACCCUGCCGACGCCUCUGUUUUAAAGAAACUGUCCAACCGUCCAGGCCGAUUUGACCGAAACAGACAUCGCCAUGUGAUAGAAAACCAACACUGCUACCUCUGUGAUGUUAACGUUGGGCCUCGGUCAAAGCACUGUAGUGCCUGUAAUAAGUGUGUGUCUGACUUUGACCAUCAUUGCAAAUGGCUUAACAAUUGUGUGGGAGGCAGAAACUACAGGUGGUUCCUGGGCACACUGGUGACGGCCAUUCUCAGCUGUGUCAUGUUACUGGUCAUCAGUCUUCUUCAAUUUGUGGCCUAUUACACAGACAGGAACCAUGGGGAAAUUCUCCAACAGUACAGAGACUUUAAAAGUGCACAGAACUCAUCAGUCUCUUCUCCAGAAUUCUUGAUCCUGUACCAGCCUGUGGAGGAUGAAGGCUGGCUGGCACUCAUUGCUAUCAUUGGCAUACUCUCCUUCAUUGGACUGGGCCUUCUCAUACAUUUAUUCUGUUUUCAUAUAUAUUUAAUUUGUAAAGGAAUAAGCACAUACGACUUCAUAGUGAUGCAGCGUAUGAGUGUUGGUGAGUCAGCGGUGAACCCUUCAGCUGAGGAGGGGCAGGGCAAGGCCGCUAAGGCUGCUAAACGCAAUAAAAUAGCUCCCAGUAAUGGACGUGACACAAUAGAGCUGAGGGACAGGAAGUUGGAGGCAUCCUUCCAGUCUAGAAAGAAGGAGAUGAAGAAUAACAAGGAGUCGCUGAGUGACUACACAAAGACUGUGGAAGACUCAGAUGGAGAAACCCCACCACCUGCAGUUAGCCCCCCUGUACAGGCAUCCUCUCUUCAAACACAGAAUUCUAUUGCCCAUUUACAUCCAAGUUGUGUGAGAAAGAAACGAAAGAAAAAAAAGAAAGCCAGCAAGCCAGACACAGCUAUGAAAGAGCAUGCAAGUGUAGCAACUAUUGACAAAGCAGACCUAUACAGUCAAUCAGGGUUCGGAACAAGGAGUAUCCGGCUGCCGAUAACCCCUGUAACCAUCCACCGUCCUGCUGAAACCAGCAACAGUUCAUCUGUCAAGAUGGGCUCUGAAUGCCAUACCCCUGUUGCCAUGGGCUUCGAAGUUAACAGCUCAACUGCCACGGAUUAUCACUCAGAUUCUGCCGAGUCCCUGAAGGAAAUCUCCACCAGCACGUUGUACUCUGCCCACACCCCUCAAGGUCAAACCCCAUACAGGCCCGUGCUGUACUUGAAUGGUAGAGGGAACUAUCCGGCUAACGGGCACCUGCCCUCAAGAGGGGAGACUGAACACCCUUCACAAAACCCCAUGACAAACCUGAGCAAUGCUAGUGUGAGAAGUGCUGGGUCACUGUCAGCCAGUUUUUCUGGGAAGGACAGCCUUAUGCCUGGAGGCCAGGUGCUGCUGGCACCCCUACAACACCCACGGAAUGUCCCACCCCUGGACCUGUCAGCUCUACGUACCAGCACUGACUCUCUUGUCUCUUACAAGCCUUACAGUGGCCUGAGGUCAGCCUCGGACACCUAUCGCACCUACGAGCCGUUUGAACCCUCAGAACAAGUCCUUACCGAGACGAUACUGGAAGCGUAGCUUCACCACAAGGGAGAUAAUCUUUUUCUGGUUAGACAUGUAAAUAUCUAGACAGAUUUGGAAGAAAUGCUACUUUUAUGUGGUUCUCCUCCUUUCUUCUGGAGGCAAAAAGUUUGGGAAAUCUUGGAUGGCAGUAUAGGGUUGAUGAAAAUUAAACAGUUGUGGAGAAAGGAUGAAUUGUUAAAACUGCUGUGUGGUUUCUGGGAUUUCACCAUAUAUCCAUUAAUGAUAGCUAGCAUUUGGUGCAUUCCUGGAUUUCUUGGCCUUUUUUUCUUGCUAGCCUAUUAUUAGAACUUCUGGAAAGUAGACUAAAUUAUCACCAGUGUGGCCAUUGAUCUUAAUGGAAAUAACAUCACCUAAAUGUAUGAAAGCAGGUACCCGGUGAUUCCUUGCAUUUCACUUAUGAAUUACAGAAUUUCAAAGGCUUUCCAGGAUGGCUGCAGGUGUUAUGUGGUAAAAAAAUGAAUUAUCGCAAAGGCGAGUAAUGUGAUAAUUGACUUCUUUUCUGGAUUAAUCAGCUCCUGUUGUUACAAGUGGCUGACAGGUAAAAGUUAAGAGGGUGGCCAUGUUUGAUGGUCAGCCUAGCUUGUUGUCACCCCUUGCCCACUUCACUACAUGCUUUUGCAUUGACUCUACGUGGUAGCUGAGGGCAGAUUUAUGUUUACUAUGCAGCCAGUCGUGUUGUUUUAUAUUUAUUUGUAAAUAUUAGAGCAGAGUGCAAUUACAUGUAAAAAUGAAUGUAAUAGCACUCUGCACUUUAGAAAUAGUGUUGUUGGGAAGGAUUGUAUAAAUGGGGUUUUUUUAACAAGUAAUAACGAAGUUGGAAACGUUUGUUACAUGUGAUUAUUUUUUACUUCAUGUGUUUUUGGUAAGUAUUUUACCUUUUGUUGGAGAGGGUUGCAUUCUCCUCCCAGAUGGCCAUUAGAGUAGCUCCAGCGCACUGAUGUAUACCCCAGCCAGUGUAGUUGGUUGAGGGGAUAUAUGCACUAAAUGACCUCAAAUUUUGCCCUCAAAAGUGCAUUUUUAGAAGCAAGUAAAUGUCACAAAAUAUUAUGGGAGUAUCUUCCCAUGUUCCGAGCAAAGCUCAAAACACCUUUCUAAAAUCAAUAGAACUCUCCGAAUCAGGGAAAAUGAGCAUGUUGAUCAUGGACGAAAUAUAUGGUCAUUUAGGGCAUGUAGCCUUUUUGUUAUGGGGCAAGGCUGUCUAUUGAUUAAAAUCCUGUUAAUAUGUCACUACUGGGCACUAAAUCUGCCACUGCUGGCUACUGACAGAGUAUCAUUCGUGGGCAAACACAAAAUCUAAUGCCAGUGGCUGUGAGAUAGAUGAAUGGCACACACUCUUGCUGUUGCCGAUAUGCACACUUAAUAACUGUGGACUACAAGGUGUACUAGUCUACAUGUAAUCCCAUGCUUUGAGUGUAGGUCUACUUGAAUUGUAUCUGGUGCUUUGUGUUGUGCUUGGUAUGUGUACAUGGAGAUGUGUGUUCAUGUUCUAGAUGUAAGGCCAAGCCUCAAAGUUGUAAUUAGGGUAUUUACCUGUCAGGUGUUGUAUUAUGCCUAGUACAUUCCUUGUAAACUGUUAUGAUACUCAAGAAAUUCAUAGCAAAUACUGGUCACUGUCAGGUCACCAGCUUGAUCAAAACAAUAUUCCUUCGUCCAUACAAGUAACCCAUUGCUAAAUAGUUUAAAUUAUACCAUUGUUCAGACUGAGAUAAAAUGUAAUUGUUUUUUGUUUAGAUCUGAGAUAUUUAUUUAUUUAUAUUUACAUGGAAUUUGUUGUUCCAUUCAGUCAAAUUUCUAGGUCCAUUAGCUGUUAAGUAAAGUAUAUGUAUUUUUUUAUGUGAUUUGUGGAUUUAGAAUAUAUUUUAAAACAAUUCACAGGUUAAUGUACUGAUGUAAAGUGUAUAUAUAUAUAUAUUAGUUAUGAAUGUGAGUGUUACCUACUGCCUAUAUGUUUUUGGAGUUUAUUUUAUAAUUAGCCAAGCUAUGAUUUAUUUUACAUGUUGCUUAUUGUGCUGAGGUUAUACGUGUAAUUUUCAAGUUUAUUUGUUAUUCAAGAUGUUCAGAGGGCACCAAAUAGGCCGAGGAUAUUGACUGUAGGGCCCAUGGCCUAAAACAAUAGCUUAGUAGGACAUAUUUUUGUGAUUUACAAGUACCUCUGUGUACCUGUAUGUUUGUAGUUUGAUUGCAGUUAACAUCAAUGGAAAUGAAAAAUUUAGGGUAUUAUCAAAAUCUGUCAAAAUAAAACCAUACUUUGUUCAUAAAACCUCAAAACAGUUUUAAUAUGAAUGUGACCAAAGGCUAUUAAAAGCUAGAGCUGGGACAAACAAAGCUUUAACCUUUAAAACUGUGA